AUGAAAGCAGUACUCUUUGUCUUCUUUAUUUUGACUAUUUGUGCUGGAGUUUACGGCAACACUGGGGAUGACUUUGAUAUUGGAGCUCCAGAUGUUGUUUGUCUGGUAAAGGCGUUUGUAAAUUUCUUUCAAUGUCUGAAGCCAAAUGCGGUUGGAGACAUGGACAUGCAAUUGCCAAUCAAAGCAUGCUUUGCCAAGCUUGUUAUGGAUAUAAAGGGCUGCAUUUAA